CAUUGCAAAGGGUUAUUAGAUUCAUAAGUCAGCGAAGUGGUGGGCGAUCUACUGAGCACAGCAGAAGUUCUCAUAUGAUGACUUCAAACAAGACACAUUACCUACCAGCAUCUGUUGGAGUGAGUGGAUAUUAAGACACUUCUAUCUCCAGGACAGCGUAGGGGAAAAUGCACGUUGGACAGAGGCACCGGAGUCGUGCAUGGACUAAACCGCCGAGUGGACGCCAACUCUCUUUCUCUCUUUCCCCAGCCCCCCUUUGCCAAACCUGGGAUUGUUUUUUCAACUUUUGUUCCACCAGGUUAGAAGAGUGAUGACCAUCCUGUUCCUUACUAUGGUUAUUUCAUACUUCAGUUGCAUGAGAGCUGCGCCCCUGAGAGACGUCCCGGGCAUGCGGGGCCAUCGGACGGAGGGCUACUUGGGCGCUGCUGCGACGGCCGUACGAGGCCAUGGGACUCCUCAGAGUGAUGGGGGGCCGGGCCAGCGUGGGGAACUGCCCUCACUCACAGACACGUUUGAGCAGGUGAUAGAGGAGCUGCUGGAAGUGGAGGGAGAGGCGGCAAAGCUGGCACAGGGGCCUGAUAAGAGCCAGGGAGGAGGGGGCCCGUCCUCCAUGGUCACCACAGAGACCAAGGAUGUCGACCUGUACGACUCGCGGGUGAUGAUCAGCAACCAAGUGCCUUUGGAGCCGCCGUUGCUCUUUCUUCUGGAGGAAUACAAAAACUAUCUGGAUGCCGCUAAUAUGUCCAUGAGGGUGCGGCGCCACUCCGAUCCCUCACGGCGCGGAGAGCUCAGUGUAUGUGACAGUAUUAGCCAGUGGGUGACAGCUGUGGAUAAAAAGACGGCAAUAGACAUGUCUGGGCAGACAGUUACCGUCAUGGAAAAGGUCCCUGUCCCCAAUGGCCAACUGAAGCAAUACUUUUAUGAGACCAAAUGCAACCCCAUGGGGUACACAAAGGAGGGAUGCAGAGGAAUAGACAAGCGGCAUUAUAAUUCCCAAUGCAGGACAACCCAGUCCUACGUGCGAGCGCUUACCAUGGAUAGCAAAAAGAAGAUUGGCUGGCGGUUUAUAAGGAUAGACACUUCAUGUGUAUGCACAUUGACCAUUAAAAGAGGGAGAUAGUGUAUAAAAUGUAUAGAUUUUAUUGAAGAGUUUAAAAAAGAGAAUAAAGAGAAAAUAUCUAUUUGUAUAUAUACAUAACAGGGUAAAUUAUUCCGUCAAAUGAAAAUUUUAUGGACUGCAUGUAAAAAAAGAUGAAGUUUAUACAGUAAAAGUGAUACUACAGUCUAUUUAUUGAACAUAUUCAUGACCUUGUAAACAAUUAAAAAAAAUCUGAUCAGUCAUUUGCGCCCAGUUUAAAUUACUAUAUCACAUCCCUCAAGACAUUGUGAUUUGUUUACGUUGCCAAGAAUUAGAAAAUGAAGGAAAAAAACAGGCAAGGAAUGAGAGAGGACAGUUCCAUCUUCAAAAGCUUGCAUGCUGCUUCAAUUGUGAAUUGACACUUACAAAAAAGGAUAUGAUGCUGACCAAAAAACAUUUUGUUUACAUAUUCAGCAGAAAACAAUUUUCCUCUCAAGUAAUUUAUCUGUUUACUGUUCUAAACUUCUCAAGGUAAUGUUGGAAAUACAUACUAUGUCAAGGUGCUGUUGUCAAAGCUUUGCUGUUUAUUUUUUUAUCCCCACCAGAGGAAAAGAUAUAUAAAAAAACUAUUAUAUAUAUAUAUUUAUAUAUACAUAUAAAUAUAUAUGUAUGUAUAUAUAUAUAAAAUCUAUUCAUU